UGGAGGGAGAGCUGGGAUUUGGGCCGCGGCGGGAGCCCGAGUCGCCGUCACUCGAGUGCGCAGGCGCCUGGCGGUUACCGGUCUCGCCAUGGAGCGGAAAGUGCUCGCGCUCCAGGCCCGAAAGAAAAGGACCAAGGCCAAGAAGGACAAAGCCCAGAGGAAGCCUGAAACUCAGCACCGAGGCUCUGCACCCCAGUCCGAGAGCGACAUCCCAGAGCAGGAGGAGGAGAUACUGGGGUCUGACGACGAUGAGCAAGAAGACCCCAAUGACUACUGCAAAGGAGGUUAUCAUCUUGUGAAAAUUGGAGAUCUAUUUAACGGGCGGUACCAUGUGAUCCGGAAGCUGGGCUGGGGGCACUUUUCCACAGUGUGGUUAUCAUGGGAUAUUCAGGGAAAGAAGUUUGUGGCAAUGAAAGUGGUUAAAAGUGCCGAACAUUACACAGAAACAGCUCUGGAUGAGAUCCGGCUGCUGAAGUCGGUUCGCAAUUCAGACCCGAAUGAUCCAAAUGGAGAAAUGGUUGUUCAGCUGUUGGAUGACUUUAAAAUAUCAGGCGUUAAUGGAACACAUAUCUGCAUGGUGUUUGAAGUUUUGGGCCAUCAUCUGCUCAAGUGGAUCAUCAAGUCCAACUACCAGGGGCUUCCGCUGCCUUGUGUCAAAAAAAUCAUCCAGCAAGUGCUACAAGGUCUGGAUUACUUACACACCAAAUGCCGGAUCAUCCACACUGACAUCAAACCAGAGAACAUCUUGUUGUCAGUGAACGACCAGUACAUUCGGAGGCUGGCUGCAGAAGCGACAGAAUGGCAGCGAUCUGGGGCGCCCCCACCUUCUGGGUCUGCAGUCAGUACUGCUCCGCAACCUAAGCCAGCUGACAAAAUGUCAAAGAAUAAGAAGAAGAAAUUGAAGAAGAAGCAGAGGCGCCAGGCAGAAUUACUAGAGAAGCGAAUGCAGGAAAUUGAGGAGAUGGAGAAAGAGUCGGGCCCUGGGCAAAAAAGACCUAACAAGCAAGAAGAAUCAGAGAGUCCUGUUGAAAGACCCUUGACAGAGAACCCACCUAAUAAAAUGACCCAAGAGAAACUUGAAGAACCAAGGUCCGCUGGCCAGGACCAGACACUCACGUGUGAUGUGGAGGACGGCGGAGCACAAGUUAAUUGCAAUGGAGUCAUCGGGAUCACUGAUGACACUGAAAACAGUAAUGCUGAGACGUUGAGGCAUCAGGAGGAUGUGCAGAAUGCUAAUGACUGUGAUGCCCACACUUUGAAGCAGGAACCUGGGUCCCUAAACUCCCCAAAUGAAGACAGCAGUGCAUCUCAAGAGACAGACUCUUGCACACCUGUGACCUCUGAGGUGUCGGAGACCAUGGUGUGCCAGUCGUCCCCGGUGAAGCUCAGUGAGCAGGACAUCAGUCAGCUUCAAGAGAGCAUUUGUGCAGGGACGCCUUCUGGGGAUGAGCAAGAGCACAACGGACCCCUGGGCAGCAAAGGAAAAUUCACUGCUGGAAAUUUUCUUAUUAAUCCCCUUGAGCCAAAAAAUGCAGAAAAACUGAAGGUGAAGAUCGCUGACCUUGGGAACGCCUGCUGGGUGCACAAGCAUUUCACCGAAGAUAUCCAGACACGGCAGUAUCGGUCUUUGGAAGUUCUGCUGGGAUCUGGCUACAACACCCCGGCUGACAUCUGGAGCACCGCGUGCAUGGCCUUUGAAUUAGCCACAGGUGACUAUUUGUUUGAGCCUCAUUCAGGGGAGGAUUACACACGAGAUGAAGACCACAUCGCCUUGAUCAUAGAACUCCUGGGGAAGGUGCCUCGUAAGCUCAUCGUGGCGGGGAAAUACUCCAAGGAGUUCUUCACCAAAAAAGGUGACCUGAAGCACAUCACCAAGCUGAAGCCGUGGGGUCUUCUGGAGGUCCUGGUGGAAAAGUACGAGUGGCCUGAGGAGGAAGCUGCUGGCUUCACAGCCUUUCUGCUGCCCAUGUUGGAGCUCGUCCCUGAGAAGAGAGCCACCGCUGCCGAGUGUCUCCGGCACCCUUGGCUGAAUUCCUAACCCUCCUGCCACUGCAGCAGAGCUCAUCACACUGACCCUCGCCCUUCCCUCUGACUUGCCCUCCUCCCUUUUCAGGGGAAGCUCUUUCUUCAAGGGUUUCUGAUUUUUUUCCCCCCGUUAUUCCAACAUGUUCAUUUGGGUUUGCUUCCUUGAUCCUGUGGAAAUCCCACAGCCAUUGGGCAUCCUAGGUGAAUUUGGCCUUGGUUGGGCUCUGCCAAAGACUAAAAAAAGUAUGAACAGCCUCACCCUCUGCCCUGCCCUUUUCAUUCGGUGUCAGCACCCUUUUUUUGAGAAGAGCUGUGAAGACCUGUGAGUCCAUCCUCUUUAUUCUCUGACUCUAAGAGUCAUAUUUUCUGUGCGUGUCCACGGCCAGCACAAGGUUGAGGAGGGAAGGGUGUGAAUUCUGUGAGCAGCAGAGACAUUAAACGUGCUGCGUCCAGGCUGCAGCAUCUUCCUGGAUUCUUUCUGUGUUUUCUAUGGUCACAUUUUUUCCUGCGACUUUGACGCUAUGUUUUUUCGAUGAGCAACCAAUGUGGGUACCAGUUUAGCACUGUUGAGAGCACUGUUGGAUACCUCUAGGCCUCUGACCACUAUGGUCCUGGAAUCUGGAGCCCUGUUUUAAAUGUGGACAGACAGAACCAGUGACAGUUCCUGGAGUUUCAGGUGGUGUGCGGAUAGUUCUUUUCUGUGUCUUCUGUUGCCCUAAGUCCCGUUUGAACACCCUCCUGCCACUUUGCUUGCUCAGCUUGAAUGGACUGUUGUAACUAGAGCAUUGUUGUGAUCCAGGUGGGAGAUGGACCGUAGGUUUCAGAGCUGUCCCAUCUGGGGAGUGUUCCCACAUUCCAAGUCCUUGCUAGACAGCUCUCUGCUUCCAUCCACAGCUUUUCCUUGCUUAGUUUCCUUGACUCAGUUUCUCCAUGUGGCUUUGUUGUUCCAUUUCUCAGAAGCUCGGGGUCUUUCUUGAAUCCUGGGUGAGGAACCAAGGGGCGGGGGAGGAUGGCAUGAACCUCGUUCUUUUUUCCCGUUGGUUUUGACAUUAGCCAUCCAAUGCUGCUAUUUCCUUGUAUAAUGUAAGUUUUUAAGUACAAUUUUGAGAUGAUUGAAAUGUACUUGAGGCUUUUCUUAAUGCAAAAAGGCUUUGUGAAUUUUUUUUUUUUUUUUUAGGCUCGGCCUCUCAUAGACUUGAUUACCUAAACAUUACAUGUUCCUUGGGUGAAGCAAGCAUCAGAGGGACAGGAUUGGGGUCACAUGAUGGCUGCUUGCUAGUUUAGCAAGGACCAAGGGUCUUGACUGCAGUAGUCUCUGGGAGCAGCUCAGUUUCUAACUGAGCUGGGAGAAGCCACGGAGAUGCAAGCCAAGGCUCCCCUAGCAAGCCGAGUGACCGCUCACUGCCUCCUGCUGUGUGGAAGACUGGAGAGUCACCCUCAUGAUUGGCUCACCAGCAAGCAGCUUCACCUGAGGAACUGGCCAGCCAUUCAUUGGCUCUUGAUUGGUUACUCCUGGAACCAGACGUGUUCCCGUAGAAAGAGUUUAAGUCAGGCUAUCUAUGCACCUAUCAAGAAUAAAGAGAGCAGAUGACAUCACAUAACGGCAGGGAGAUCAAUCCUACGGCAGUUUACGCCUGUCUGGGUUGGCAACUGUACUGACAUCUAAAGCAAUAGCAGACCUACCUGAAACUGCUUCUCAGCAAAUCAGUUGUGGGAUUACAGGAAUCCUAGUGACAUUAAGGUGACAUGACCAAGAAACACAAGCCAACAGCAGACCUAUUUUAAUCAUUUGAUUUCACAGGAAAUUUUAAAUGGGGGGAGAACCUGGAACGUCAUUCUGGAAAUAAGUCCCACCAAAUAAGGGCUUUCCCCUACCACUUAGGGAGCCAGAGGACUUGUGAGCCACGAAGGGGCUUGUGAGCUGUCUGCCCACAGGCUCCUGAGCUUGGCUGAGCACAGCAGGUAUUGUGGAGGCCAGGUCUCGCUCAAGGACUGCUGUUGGCUCUUGGUUAAGAAUAAAGCCCUGAUAUGUUUUAUAUUCUUUCUACUGAGUGCAUUGUUUGUGUCCUCACAAAUGCAGAUCAAUAAACAGAGUAUUUAAUAACC